CAAGACCAUCCGAUUAUGCCCCUCUGCCAAUAGAGACCAUGCGGCCGUUCCGUAACCAUUUUGACUCAAGCCGUGACGACUCGAGGCUUUGGCUCUGCUGUGUCCGCAGUGGCGGUCGCCCCCCCAAGGCUGCCAAGGCUUGCCGCACAUGGCCGUCAUCCACAGGGUGGUGGUGGUCCUUGCAUACCUGCUGCAUGUUGCCACUGUGGCUAGCCUUGCUCAGUGUUCUUCAGUGGCUGACUGUGAGACUCCCACAUCAAUGCGGGUCAUGAACUUCAGCGAGCCUGGCUUGUGCUACGCUGCACCCAUGAGCAGAACUUUCAAGAACCAUUGGGGUCAGAUCAAGGAAAACGUUGAGCACGGGAUGCGAUCGGCCUCGAGCAUGAAGGUCAUAUUUGCCGGCCUCGUCCGCAAUGCCGAGAAGUUCGUGGUGAAUAACUACGUAAUGCUGAGAAACCUCGGUCUGCACUUCAAAGACUACCAGUUCUUCGUAUUCGAGAGCGACUCUACCGACGACACUCCUUACGCUGUGAGCCUUCCGUCUCCUGUGGAUGCACGUUAUAGCUUCCGGUCGAGAGUUUUGAACAUGUCGGACGAGCGGGGGUUGGAGAGGUCCAGGAUGGAGCGGAUGGCGUUUUUGCGGAAUGUGGUUCGUGAUUGGAUCGAGGAUUUUGUCAGCACGCGCACAGGUUGGGAUUUAGUUGUCCUGUAUGACUUCGAUAAUGCGGUCGCUCCGCGUGCCAUCCCACCUCAUGCGUUUUUCAAUGCGUUGGGUCGGCAGGAGACUCGAAAUGGAGAAUGGGACAUGCUUUGCGCUAACGGUCUGAGGCAUCCAUGCGGCAGCACCGAGUGCCAGGUUGGCCACUACGAUUGUUUUGCCUUCCGGGAUGCGAAUUACGAUUCGUUUAAUGUUGCUUGCCAGAACGGUUUGGCCGCGAACAUGUUUACCCAGUACGACCUGGUCCCCGUGCACUCGUGCUUCGGGGGGCUGGCCAUGUACAAGACCCACCAGUUCCUGGAUUGCCACUACAACUCGAGCGCGUACGAUUCCGAGCACGUCGGGCUCCACAGCUGCAUGCGCCACCAGGGCAGCGACGGCCGCAUGUUCAUGGACCCUCUCUUGACGGUUGUUGCCGAUCCCAUCACCCCGCUGGUUUGCACCGCGGACGCCGUGGCUUGCUGAGCCGAGCGUCGGCAUUGUGCUGCGCGGGUCUUUGGCGCGCCUGGCCGCGGACGAGGGGGAGGGGGAGG